AUCGUGCAAACUGGAAAAGUUCUCAUAAUUUUUUGGCAUUAAAAUCUUUCUUUAAUUUCAACGGCAUGGCUAAAGAAAUUGUCAACGAAAUUAAACUUCAGCAUGAAAUGGAUUUUCAUGAAAAUAUUAUUCGCUUUUAUGGUAUUACAACAACAGAAAAUCAAAGCGAUAAUUCGAAAAAAUAUUUGCUAGUGUUGGAAUAUGCUGAUAGUGGCACUCUUCGAAGCUAUUUAAACGAACGCUUUGAAGAACUCUCUUGGAAUGAUAAAUUAGAUUUGGCAUUUCAAUUAACUAACGCUAUAUCAUACUUACACGAUCAAGAAAUCGUUCAUCGUGAUUUGAAUUCCAACGAUAUUUUAGUUCAUAAAAAUACUAUUAAAUUAUCUGAUUUUGGUUUGUCAAAAAGGAUUAAAGAAUCUUACGAUAAUCAAUCAAAAUUAUUUGAAAUGGUUGCUUAUGUUGAUCCACAAAUAUUUAAUAAAAAAAGUGAUAGCAACAAUCAAUAUCAAUAUUCAUUAAAUAAAAAGAGUGACAUUUAUAGUAUUGGCAUACUCUUAUGGGAAAUUUCUAGCGGACGGCCACCUUUCUGUAAUGAAUCUUAUGAUGUUGAUUUGGCUAUGAAAAUUUUACAAGGUCUUAGAGAGACGCCUAUUCCUAACACGCCUGAUGAUUAUGUAAUGACUUAUACUGAUUGUUGGAAUGACAAACCAGAAAAUCGUCCAACUAUCAAUCAGGUUGUUACUAAAUUAAAUACAGUUAUUAUUAUGAAAUUAUCAAGUGAACAGCAGCUUAAAUCAAAUGAUAAUUUAUUACAUGGGGAAACGUCUCAAAUUCUUCAAAAUUUUAAUAAGAUAAAUACCAACGAAAUAGAACCUUCAAUUUCAUCAAAUAUGAAUAACUUUGGUUCAUCUGUUAAUGAAAUUAUUCAUUGUCUUGAAAAAGUAGAAAUCGGAAAGAAAAAAAUUGAAGCUUAUUAUUAUUUUAAUUCUCAUAAUAUAACUUCACAAGAAAUUUAUUAUUGGCUAUUAGAUAAUCAGAAUGAUGUAAAUUCUAUUUUUUUACUUGGAUUGUUUAAUCAAUAUGGAAUUGAAAUUGGUAUUGAUAAAGAAAAAGCAUUUGAAUUAUAUCAAAUUGCAGCAAAUUUAGGAAAUGAAUUUGGAGUAACUAGUUUAGGAAAUUGUUAUUUAUAUGGAAUUGGAACUAUUGUUAAUAAAAAUAAGGCAUUUGAAUUAUAUCAAGAGGCUGCAAAAUUAGGAAAUCCACGUGGAAUAAGUAAUUUAGGAUAUUGUUAUUUUUAUGGAGUUGGAACUUUAGUUAAUCUUAAAAAAUCAGUCGAAUUAUUUCAAGAAGCAGCAAAUUUAGGAAAUACGAAUGGAAUAUGUAAUUUAGGGCAUUGUUAUUUAAGGGGAAUUGGAACUGUUUCUGAUCAUAAAAAGGCAUUUGCAUUGUUCCAAAAAGCAGCAAAUUUAGGAAACGAAUUGGCCCAAUAUUAUCUUGCUCUUAUGUAUGAAAUUGGACAUGAAGUUGAAAAGGAUAUAAAUCAAGCGAUUUAUUGGUAUAAAAAAGCUGCUGAACAAGGACAUAAACACGCUCAGAUUAAAUUGAUUGAAUUAAGUUUAUUAUAUAUUCAAAAGAAGAGUAUUAAACAAAUGGUAAAACAGAUAUAUUUUGUAUAGGAUAUAUAGAAUAAAUAUUUCCAUAAAAAAUACUGAAUUUUAUAACAAAGUUUUUGAAUUUUUGAAUUAUAUUAAUUGUGAGAUAAAUUUUUCAAGAUUAU